GGUAUGCAGACGUAAACACAAUUGGUAAUAAUCAGUUAUACGACGUGAAGAGUCGUCUGACCUAGUAACACGCUGAACGCUGACCGAGCAUGACUGGUAAUCGAUCCGGUGCACCGAUCCACUUCGCAUUCUUCGGGGAACGUACAGAGAGAUAACAUCUAAAGGUUAAAAUGGUUAUUCGUGUCGGUGUGAUCGGGUGCGGGGCAGCUGGACUAGCGGCGCUGCGCCAUCUAGCGGCCAGGCCAAGUACGUUCCAAGGUGUGGGAUUCGAAACCUCCAUUGGUGUAGGCGGAACGUGGAGGUACACGGACAAGGUCGGCAUCGACACAAACGGCCUGCCUGUUCAAACUAGCAUGUACAAAAACCUACGGACCAAUAUACCGAAAGAAGUGAUGGGUUUCCCAGGAUACCCGUUUCCAAGUAAUUUACCGUCAUUUCCGGAUCACAAAGACGUAUUAAAGUACUUGAAGGACUACUCGGAUAACUACGAACUGCAUAAACACAUCAAGUUUAGUACGAAAGUCGACAGUGUGGCGCCGCUUACUUCAGACAAUAAGACAGCUUGGAAGGUGUCCUACUCUUCCGUUGGCUGCCCGUCAGAAUCUGAGAGCUCGAUCUUUGACGCUAUCAUAGUCUGUAAUGGGCACUAUUCCGUACCACUGAUGCCCAAACUUGAGGGCAUGGAAGAGUUCAAAGGUACAAUAGUUCACAGUCACGAUUACCGGAUACCAGACCCAUUUAAGGACAAAGUUGUCGUCUGCCUUGGAGGCGCGGCAUCCGGUCAGGAUAUAUGUUUGGAUAUAGCCUCUCAGGCAAAGAAGCUGACAAUAAGCCACGACAAGCCGAAGAUCGAAUCUACAUUGCCAGAAAACAUGAGCCAGCAACCAGGUAUAGCUAAACUCACAGCCGACUCUGUCAUCUAUAAGAACGGCGUGGAAGAGAAGGCGGACGUUUUGUUACUGUGUACAGGGUAUAGAUACAGUUUCCCAUUCCUGACGGAAGAAUGCGAGCUGAAAAUCAUAGAAGAGAGAAUCACGCCACUUUAUAAACAUAUCAUCCAUUCCAAAUUCAAUACAUUGUCUUUCAUCGGCAUGUGUAAGAUUAUUUGUCCAUUCCCGCAGUUUGACAACCAAGUUAAAUUUGUUCUAUCCUCGCUGGACGGCACGCAGAAAUUACCAAGCACCGCAGAAAUGGAAGCAGAUAUUGAUUCCGAUUACAAAAGUCGCCUUAACGACGGGCUUCCGCACAGAUACGCACAUUUUAUGGGACCACGCCAAUGGGCGUACAAUGACACUUUAGCGGAGCUAGCUGGAUUCAAGCCAAUCCCAAGAGCCAUACAGCAGUUGUACGACGAGGUUCACAGAACAAGAGUAAAAGAUCUGCAAAAUUAUAAGCGGAAAAAUUACCGUAUCAUUGGGGAAUCCAACUACGAAGUGGUUCAAGCUUGAAUGACAAUGAGUGUAAAAUCAAUACAAAACAUUUCUUUACAGUAACAUAACAUUUUACUAUCGCAUACUUCAUUGCACCAUUGAUACAAAGUCCGUCGGACCAUAAACUAGUUAGCCUCCCGCAGUGGAAUUUUGGCCAUUAACUGUAUUAUGUGCGCAUAUGGUAUUGUUAAUGCGUGUUUACAUGUCUCCAUUUGUGUUUUAUUUUGAUUUCAGAUGUAAAGCUAUUAUGAUCUGAUAGUGUUAUGUAAAUUUUAUUUAUCUAAUUUGUGAAAAUUUGUCCGAAAUGGUAUUUCAUAACUCCAUUUUCUCGGUAAAUUAUGUGUAUUGUGUAUACUUUUUAAAGUGAAUAAGCCCUUUUAACCAGCAACGGAAGAAGAUUUCUAUUCUUUGAAAUUUGAUUAACAUACUAGUAGCAAUAGACUUAUUUCCAUACCUUUGAAAAGUAUAUUUUUCCCUGCUCAGUAGCAGAAUCGUGCGUAUUUGCCAUUGCAGUUAGUUUCAUUAUAUGAUUAGUUACAUGAUUUGAUACGGGAUGUAGGCAAGCGAAGCGAAGCUUCAGCCUGACAGUGCAUUUAGAGACGGCGUGCGCAUCCAGUAUCUGGCCAGAGACUCGUCCCUACGUCACCAAUGCAGCAGUCAUUUUGUUAAAUCAAAACUUAUAUCACACAUUCCCUAACAUAACAUGGAAUAUAUUGUUGUCAGCACUUGACCAAACUUGAUUGUUAGAAAUAUCGGGAACAUGUAGGAGGCGAGUCCUUGUGUUUUCAAAUAUUUGAGAAAGAAAAAAAACUUUUUGUUUGUUGUGAGUUUUCGACGAACAUAUUAAUAUUUUUAAAGACAUACUGCCAUUCCUGUACAAUGUCGUCACGUUUAUUUUACUGUUCAAUCCAUUUAAUACUGAACACUACGGAUUCUGUAUUGUAGUUAUUGUUAUACUUCUUUUUUUUCUACAACGAAUUUUUGUGCAUGUUUUUUUCGUAAUACUCAAGCUGGUUUUGUUAUCAGGUUUCUUACAUGUGCCAGAUAUUGUUACACUUUUAAACUGAACACUCUAGUUCGAUAUCAAAUGUUAUUGUAUUGUCUUGCAAAAAGUGGGUAAGAAAAUAAAAAUAUAAACAUA